GGGCCGCGGCGAGGGGAGAGAGGGAGGCGUCGCGGGCCGUGCGCGCAUGCGCGCGGCCUCGUCUCGCGGGGCCGGGGGAACUCCCAGCAGGCCCCGCGCGGCGUGGGGCCGUUCACCCGGGCUUGUGUGAAAGUGAAGUCUUUCUCUGUUCAGGUGUGAAGAAGAAAACAAUAACCAUGACAGUCCAAUGGGUGGCGGUUGCCAGCUUUCUCUAUGCUGAAAUAGGACUCAUUUUAAUCUUCUGCCUGCCCUUUAUUCCUCCUCAGAGGUGGCAGAAGAUUUUUUCAUUUAGUGUCUGGGGUAAAAUUGCAAGUUUUUGGAAUAAAGCUUUCCUUACCAUUAUAGUCCUAUUAAUCGUUCUGUUUUUAGAUGCUGUGAGAGAAGUAAGGAAGUAUUCCUACACUCAAGUCACUGAGAAGAACUCAGCCGGCAGGCCUGGUGCCUAUGAGCACACACAGAUGAAGCUCUUUAGGUCCCAAAGAAACCUUUAUAUCUCUGGAUUCUCGUUAUUUUUUUGGCUAGUAUUGAGACGUCUGGUUACGCUUAUUACUCAGCUGGCCAAAGAAAUAACAAACAAAGGAGUACUUAAAACACAAGCAGAAAAUACCAAUAAGGCUGCCAAGAAAUUCAUGGAAGAGAAUGAAAAACUAAAAUGGGUACUAAAAAACCAUGGCAAGGAUGGAGAACAAAUUUUGGACACCGAAAAUAAAAAACUAGUAGAAGACCAGGAAAAACUGAAAACUGAACUGAAGAAGACUUCAGAUGCCCUUUCUAAGGCACAAAACGACGUGAUGACUAUGAAGAUUCAGUCAGAGAGACUUUCGAAAGAAUAUGACCGACUCCUGAAAGAACACUCAGAACUUCAGAACCGUUUAGAAAAAGACAGCAAGAAAAGCCUGUGAAUUAACAUUAGAAAAGAAGACUAUGAUACACCUUGUCAAGAAAAUAAACUUGUUAUCAUGGUAUCCACUAAAACUUUCAGAAUUCAGCACCCAACCCAGCAAACCACAGGCUCACAUGGCUGGGUAGUACUGAUGUUGUCAAAAUAUUUGAUAAUGCAUUAGUAAAGUAUGUUUCAGCUCUUUUGAAAAAUAUAAGCAUGUUAAAUGCCAUAUUUACAUAUUGCUAAUAGCAUUGGUAUAUGGUGGCUUUUUACCCAUAAAAGGAAAAAUUCAUUAGCCAUUUACUUCCCAAAAUAGAUCUGAAGUUGCAUGAAACUGUUGUUAGCCUUGAAAUCUUUGAUGGAUUUUCAGUAAUAAUCAGUGGUGGUGAUGAAAAUGAUUUUUGAAAACAGUCCUCGGUCUGAAAACUUGUUCCCAUAUUAGCCACUGUGUUUAUAGAAGAGAGUCAGAGAGAACACUGAAAACAAUGGCCUUAGGUUUCUGAAGCCUGGUGAGUCUAUGAUUUACUGUACAUAUGACAGCACUGUUGUUAGCUGUGUUUUUGUUACUGCACUUCUGUACCUAUUAGACUAUUUUUAUUGAUACUUUAGUCAUGUAUAAUCAAUAUUCUACCUUUUCAGGUUCACCUGGUAAUAGAAUUUAUGUCCAUUUGCGUAAAUGUCAUAACAUUGAAUUGAACUUAUGUUGGUUGCAUUGUGGUAUUCUCCACCUACAAAGCUCACUUAUGACAUCCAAAAAGUCGUGUUUUUUAUGCUUGUAAAGUUACUAAUUAUACAGAUAUUACCUCAGUAUAUAUGCACUGGUAUCAUACAGAUCUCUCUACAAUGUUUCUUUGUUUUCAAAGUUAAAUACUGGUUUUCAUGCAAAUACUCAUGUAAAGGUUGUAAUUAUAGUAAGAUGAUUUACAUUAUUUCAAUGUUUAACUGUAAAAAGCCACUUGUCUUAAAAUGAUUUAAAUAUAAAAUAAUUGGAGUUUUUA